AUGCGAACAGUGCCGAAGUGGGUGAAUAAAAUUCACGAAGCCGACAAGGUAGAGUUCUCUAGUGUACACACACUAUGCUUCAGUCCAGAUGGAACACAGCUUGUAGUAGGCGCAGGAGAGAAGGUAAUGGUCUAUGACCCCCGUGAUGGAGCCCUAGUACAAUUGCUGCAGGCCCAUAAAGGAGCUGUACAUGCUGUGGCAUACUGUGGAGAUGGGAAAAAAUUUGCCAGUGGCAGUGCUGACAAGAACGUAAUUAUAUGGACCUCUAAGAUGGAAGGUGUACUAAAAUAUUCCCACAGUGAAGCAAUCCAAUGUCUAGCAUACAACCCAGUAACCUUGCAUCUUGCAUCAUGUGCCAUAUCUGACUUUGCCUUCUGGUCGGCUGACGUAAAGGCAGUACAAAAGUACCGAGUCUCAGGACGGAUAACUUCCUGUGCCUGGUCCCCGAGUGGUCAGCAUUUGGCUAUUGGAUUGGCAAGUGGAGCUGUGUCUAUCAGGGACAAACUAGGUGAUGAAACACAGCGAAUAUCAAGAGAGGCAGCUGUGUGGGCAGUGGGAUUCUCCAAACAAACUCUACUAGUAACAGAUUGGAAUGAAACCCUUUCUUUUUACAAUUUACAAGGACAACAAAUUUUCAAGGAAAGAAACAUUGGUAUAGCAGCAUUAUCAAUAUCGCUGCUUGGGGCAUUGGUGCUGGUGGGCGGAGUGGGCGGCUGGGCUGUGCUCACUGCUGAGGGUGUGUCUCUGCUGAGCACCGCACAAGAAUGGGUUUGGGCCAUCUCACCUUUGCCCACUUAUAACACGAUGGCGGUAGGGUGUCAAGACGGUACGCUAUGGUGCUACCAGGUAGCGUUUAGCACGGUACAUGGGCUAUAUCGCGAGCGGUACGCGUACCGGGAGAAUAUGACUGACGUCAUCAUCCAGCACCUCACGACUGGUAACAAAGUGCGCAUCAAGUGCCACGAUCGCGUGCAGAAGAUCGCCAUUUACAAACAUCGAUUGGCUGUACAACUGCCGGAGCGCGUGGUCGUGUACGAGCAAGGUGAUGUGGAAGGAAUGUUAUAUAGAGUGAAAGAAAAACUAUCUCAGAAGACCGAGUGCUCACUGCUCGUCGCUACGAGUGACGCGCUCCUUCUAUGCCAGGAUACAAAACUGUCGAUGAUUGGCCGUCGAAUACCACGGUCGUGGCAGGUGCCUGCUCCCAUUCGCUACGUCAAAGUUACUACUUUGUACUUCGAAGAAGUACUGCUUUUAGGUUUACUAAAUGGACAAAUCUGGCAAGUGGAGCCGUCUGGUGCAGGGUCGAAGAUGGUACUGCAGACGCCUGCAAGCGUACGCUGCCUGGAUGUAAGCGCGUCCCGUUCCCGCAUCGCCGUCGUCGACGAGACCUCCGUCUGCCGCAUCUACAGCCUGCCCACUGGCGACUUGCUUUACACAGAAGAAAACGUAUCUUCGGUGUCGUGGAACUCGUGGUGUGACGAGCUGCUGAGUCUGUCGGGCAACGGGCUGCUCUCCAUCAAAGCCGGUCACUUCCCGCCCGCUACACAGCCGUUAGCAGGCUCCGUCGUUGGUUUUCAGGGUGGUCGCGUGUUCUGCCUGCAAGCAAACGCAAUGCAAACCAUAAAUGUACCGCUCUCGCAUGCCGUGCAUCAGUACGUUCAACAAAAACAAUUCAAUGACGCGUACGCCGUGGCGUGUCUGGGCGUAACGGCGUUGGACUGGGAGCGACUGGGCGUGGCGGCUCUCCAGGAACUCUCUUUCGAGGUGGCGCGGAAGGCAUUCCAGCGUAGCGAGAACUUCCUCUUUCUUACACUCAUUGACCAGCUGCAGGAGCGGUUCGAAGGCGGCGAGAAUCGCGCAGUGGUAGCGGGCGAGGUGCUGGCGUAUCGCGGGCGCAGCACCGAGGCUGCACGUGCGUUCCGUGCAGCCGGCCGCGAUGACCGUGCGCUCGCCAUGUACGUCGAUCUGCGCAUGUUCAACAAAGCACAGGAGUACGUAGGCGAAGGAGAAGGGCUGCAAGCAUUGGCGAGGCGGCGCGCGGAAUGGGCUCGUCACGUGAACGAACCGCGCGCCGCCGCCGAGAUGUACCUUGCCGCUGGUGAUGUGGGCCGCGCCACGGACCUCAUGGCCGCCUGCGGAAGACGCGACAUGUUGAUAGAGUUGGCACGCAAGUUGGACAAGGGUUCGUCGGAGUCUUUGCGGCACGUGGCUGAGGCGUUGGUGGCGGUAGACGAGCUCGUCACCGCUGCCGACGUCUACCAGCGUCUAGGGGACUACAAGAACGUAGCAAAGCUAGCAGUAUCAGCGGGCGAGUGGACACGCGCCUUUGCUCUUGCGCGGGAACACGCUGAGUGCCGUCGCGACGUAUACCUACCCUACGCACAUCGAAUGGCUCAGGAGAACAAGUUUGUCGAGGCGCAAAAAGCAUACUACAUGGCGGGUGAGACGGCGACGGCACUUCGCGUAUUUUCGAUCUUGGUUGGCAACGCGGUGGCUGAGGAGCGGUUCAGCGACGCUGGCUACCUUCACCAUCUGCUCGCCACGCAGUGCCUCGAAACAGCCAACAACUCCAGGAACAAGACCCGCGAACAAAACCUACAAGCGUAUUCAACGAACGAGCAGCUCGGACGCAUCUACCACGCGUACGAGUCCGUGCACCGCUGCGUGCAUGAGCCGUUUUCACUGAGUCAGACUGACACGUUGCUGAACGCUGCGCGCUACGUGCUGGCGCUGCUGCACGCGUUCCAGCCUGCACCACCCGGCGUCUCCAUGUUUUGCCUGUACCUGUGUCUAGCGAAGCAAGCCAAGGCGCUUAAAGCAAAUUCCCUGGCCCGACAGAUGUUGGACAAGAUCCUGGCUUUUCAGAUUCCACAAAAAUUUCAGGAGAGCGUGGAACUACUGAUCGUGAGGACCCGUGCAGGCGGGGGCGAGGCGCGCGACGAUGAGGUAGCUGUGCUGUGCUGGCGCUGCCGCCGCCACGCGCCGCCGCUUUGCGUACUUCGCUGCCCGCACUGCCGGCACCCGCUCGCGCACUCGCUCGCCACACACGAGGUGUUACCCUUGGUGCAGUUUGAGCCAGCGGAGGGCAUAUCCUUUGAAGAAGCUUUGGAGCUGGUCGAGCGCACCACAUUGCCCGACUCCUCCGCCAGGGGUGACACCAGCGGCGCAGAGGUGCUGCGGAUAGAACAUGACGUUGACUCCGCUGAUCCUUUCUUGGAUAAAGUGGACGAGGAUGACGAGAGCGGCGUGGUCGUGUGUAGCCGUGGCGCGUUACUAGCGCUGUCUCCCGCUUGCGUAGUGGUGGCACGCAACGCCUUCUACCGCAACAUGCUGCCCGAGCUGCCCGUCGUCGCCUGCCCGCACUGCCACAACCUAUUUUAUUUGGAAGAUUACGAGGUCCAGCUGGUGAACCGCGGGCAGUGCCCAUUUUGCCGGCAGCCAGGAGAGGUGCACUCCGCCGAGAGCGACGACUCGCCGUUAAACGACUCCGUUUCCACCCCCAGCAGCCCUGUCAACAGACCAACUGCUUGGCUUUAACAGUAUAAAAUUAAUUGAAACAGGUCGGGAGCACAUAGUGCAAGAUACGAAUUGUAGCACCAAAAAUUACGUACACUUUUUCCGUGAAAAGCAUUGAAGUCAAAAUAAUAAUGCACCAUGAUAUAAUAGAUAUCAAAAUGUUAAAAAAGUAAUGAUUUCCGUCAGUGUCAGAAGAAAAUAAAAACAGUUAACUAAAGAAUUGUCACUUAAAUGCUUUGUUUGGAUUUGAUGUCAAUAAAUAACAAACAUUUUCAAAUAGAUUAUUUCUGCCUAAUUUUAGCGAGAAUGAAUUUUCAAAGUUAGCGAUAUGUAAUUUAAGAAAUCGAGACAGAACUGUGCAUUAUCACCUAAAAGUUAAUUUUGUAAUUGAAGCAGCAACUUUGUUAUAUUUUUCUGUUCGGACGCCAUAGAUGAGUUACCGUAAAAUGAAAACGAAACGAUUAUGUGGACUGCAAUUAUAUUGCAAAGCUUUCUUGAAUUUUUAAAAGUAAGUGAAAAGACUUGUAAUUGUCACAAAUUGUGUUUUUUAUAUUGUCGUAGAACCAAAGAGUAUAUAAGAACACAAAUGUUGCAUAAUUUGUCUACGAAUUUCUAAAAGUUCCAAAACUUAUUUUUUC